UUGUGGUGAAGAGGCGGAACUGCAGCCGCUGACCCACAUGUGGCCGGACGGUGUUAAAUGUACCGCAAUAUCGAGCGCAAGUGCUCAUGAAAGUGCACGAAAAGUGCGUGUUUUUGCGCUAAGAAGCGUCCUGCGUUUUGUUAUAUGAUCUGAGCCGUGCGGAGGAAAGUGUGAGGAGUGAAUUAGGGCUCAGAGCAGCUGUGACCCGGAGCCAAAGAUGCAAGAGGGGCAAGGACAGGGUGGGCAGAAUGUGGAGGAGAGUUUGGAGGAUGAAGAGGCCCAGCGAUGCCCGAUCUGUCUGAACCGACCCAGACGGGCGGAAAGAGCUGUACCUGACUGCUGCAGACAUGUCUACUGCUCGACCUGCAUCCUCCGUUGGGCGCAGAUGGUUCAGUCCUGCCCGGUGGACCGAAGACCCUUCAGUGUGAUCUACCUGCAGGGCUCAUCACAGCAGUUGAUUAAGCUUCCUGUGAAAAUGGCCAGACUGUCAGACCCACACGAGUCCUGCACUCUGGAUGCUCAGAGAAUGUGUCGUAUCUCUGUGGUGGGAGAGGCAGAGGAAAUAGAUAGAAGGCAAGAGAAAGGCGAUAAUGCCAAACAGAAAUGCCACAGAAAAUGUGACUCAGAUGCGUCUGUGCAUAAACACAGAAAGGUGAGAGGAGACUCGUGCCACUCUCUUCUACUCACUCAGAAUUUUCACUCAUCACUGCCCAGCCAGCAGGGGGCGGCAGUAGGCACUCUCACUCAGAUCAUAACAGAAUCUGCUGAGGUUUGUGAAGAUGUUGUCCAGUGGAGGAGAAUAGAGAGAAAGCGGCAGUGGCUACCUGCCUCUUUACCUUUCCUCUCUACUGGGGUGCCCAGGUUGUCCUUGUGUUCACACCUACUCAUGUCAGCUGUCUCCACGUCUUUGAAUCUGCUGCUCGCUGAACACUCAAUUCCUCAUGGUAUAGUUUGUGCCGUCACCUGUCCCAAAGGUGAGGAGAGAAAGGGAACCAGGGGCUCUGGAUCAAAGAGUUCUGCAAAGCCGGCAGAAGCUGUUGCAACCCGACGCUCCUCUCGGCACAGUCGCGUUGAGACGGAGGAUUCCACAGCUACACAGUCGCAACCGACAGACACGGACGUCUCCUCUUCCAUUGACCCCUCAACUACACCACAAACUGUAAAUGAUACUCCUGCUUCUACAAGCAAAGGCAAACAGGGGAACAAUCGGAGGUCUGGAGCAAAGACAAAAGGUCGUGCAAAGAAGGCGAAGGUGAAGAAACAUAACGACGAGGAACAAGAAGAGGAGGCUGAGAAUCACAAAGAAGAUGGAGUCACGAAAGAAGCAGAAUCCGAGGAAUCAAGAACUGACCUGGAAGCAAAAGCAGCUCAGAGCUCCGAUCAGGUCGAUGGUGACAAAGAACCAUUGAAUACGGAGCAGGAAAUGGAAAUGGAGAAUCAGACAAGUCCUGCUGAUGGUGAACGUAUGUCCCCUGAUUCUGAUAACCAGGAAGAAGAAUUUGUUUCUGCUGAUGCUGAGAACCAGGAAGAAGAAUGUGCUUCCCCUAAUGCUAGUAAACAGUUAGAGGAAACAACGAUAGUGGAGGAAAUGCUUACCAAGAGUACUGUUGAUGAAGAUGAAGACAAUCAGAUACUUUCACCAGGAGAAAACAAGCAAGAAGUGGAGGAUUGUGACGAAGACCAAGCGGAAUCAAUUAAUGUUUCUCCAGUAAUGAAGGAAGACUGUCUGCCUCAAUCCUGUGCUGAGGUGCAGGUGUCCCAGUCUGUUUCUCCAAAUGUGGAAUCAUCUCUCCAUGUGGAACCAACAACUCUUCUUACAGAAGCUGCAAACAAGAUCACCAACCUGGAACCAGAGCCUGAUACCACAGCAGAUAAUUCUGAUGAAGGUCCCAGGCAAGAGUCUAGCAGCCUUCCGUCUGAGUCUAGCAGCCUUACACAUGUCUAUGUGGACCAGAGCACCUGCUCAUCAGAUCAAAAGCUUGAAUUGGCUUCAACAGAGAACACUGCCUCAGAGUCUCUUGACACAUUGAGUCCUCAGGACAACCCUGAUCUCAUCCCCAUGGACUGUGAUUCACCUGCAUCAGAGAGGGAAGGCAAUGCUGUCAAAUUUGAGAAGGAUACCAUUGGUAAUGUGCCUGAAAUCCCCAAUGAGACGCCCAUUCAAGACCCCACGCACAAGCCUGAAUCCAGUGAGGAGCAGAAAGGCUCAGACAAGAAGGAUGGACGAUCACGCAGGUCUCGUUUUCACUCGCCUACGACCACCUGGUCUCCAAGCAGAGAGUCUAAAAGUGAAGGAUCACGCAAGUCAAGGUCUCAUUCACGGGACCGCAAUCGCAAGAACCGAUCCACAUCAAGGAGCCGAGAUCAGCAAGAGGACGAGAGAGACGGUAGACGGAACUGCAGUCGAGAGCGCAGCCAUAGUCGAGAACGUAGCCGUAGUAGGGAGCGAAGUCGCAGGCGACGCAGUCGUUCCAGGUCCAGGAACAGAAACAGGCCCAGCCGCAUUAGCCCAUCCCAGGAACGUUCUGAUCACGGUGGCCGCACUGAUCACGGUGGCCGCACUGAUCAAUGUGGCCACUCUCCUCGCAAGAGGGACUCAUGGGGUGGGGACGGAUGGCAGAGCAGAGGUGGUGGGAGAGGUUUCCGUGAUUCCAACUGGAGAAACAACUUCGAGAAGCCCGGUCAUUUCUCAACAAGAGAGCCCAUAUCUUCAGACAACGGCAACUUCUAUGAGGCAUCACCAGACAGGGGCAGAAAUGAGAACCCGGACUGGGUAAGGGAGAGGGAGAAGCUCUGGGCGGACACUGAUACCAGAGGGCGGGAGCCACGAAGAGAAGAAAAUAUGAGCGAUCCACCUGGCGAGUUGUGGCCUCGAGGUGGCUGGAACGUUGAGAAGGGGCAGCGCCCUGCCGGACGCGGCAGGGGUGCACACUGGGCUUCCAGCCAGCAGGGGGAGACGACCGAUAAUUGGAGGCAACGUCCUACUUUCUCAGGGACAACGAAUAACAUGAAUUCUUACAGUCGCUUCAAUGAAAACAGAGCUGGAGGGAAGAGAAAAGAACCAGAGGGCGCUGAUACUCCACUUGAUCGCUCUGGGUGGUCUUCAGCGUCAAGUUGGGCCGUGCGCCGAACGCUCCCUGCUGAUGUGCAGAACUACUACUCGCGCAGGGACAGAGGAGCCGACAACAAUGCCUGGAACAAACAAGAUGAGGAUCAAGGUGCAGUAGGUCUCUCAAAACAACCAGAUCCCCCCCAGAAUGAGCCAAAUGCCCCCCUGCCAACUGAGGCUGUGCCAGCCCUGCCCGCCCUGAUGCCACACCAACUUGGUGUGAUGGGGGUCCUUCGUUACCCAAUGGCGCCUCUGGUGCCCAGACCUCCAGUGGGUCUGCAGCCUCCCCAGUUCAGCAUGCCUCCUCCAGUACCAGUUCAGCUGCACCCCACUGGACCUCUUCUCCAGUUCCCACCAAUAGCCGUGCAGGGACUGCCUCCACCCCCACCACCCCCUCCACCCAUGCAACAGGGCGGCUUCACUGUGGUACCCACUGAAACCCACCCAACUCAGCAGGUGAUGCCCAGUUUUCCUGUCCCAAGCAAAGCCUCUUUCAAACCCAUGCCAACCAAAGUAGGUGCAGGACCGCCUCCCCCUGCUGCUACAUCCAGUGUGGCCCAACCAUCCUCUACCACCACCACCCAAACUGCCUCUCACAGUAAGGCUCACGCCGACAGCUCAAAGAAAGAGAAGAAAUUGCAGUUUCAAGAACGAGCCAUUAAUGAAGUGAAAGCAGCUAUAAAGCCAUAUUAUCAAAAGAAUGAAAUCAACAAGGAGGAAUAUAAAGAGAUUGUACGCAAAGCUGUGGAAAAAGUGUGCCACAGCAAGAGUGGAGAGGUAAAUGCCGAUAAGGUGGCCAACCUAGUGAAAGCAUAUAUCGACAAAUACAAACGUGUUCGCAAAAACAAACCGGAGAAGAGCUGAGGGUUGCUUUUCUGCUUGACUGCACAAGUGCAAUUCCUCCACCAUUGGCUGCUGCAGGUGUCACUGACUGGAGCCAUUCUUAACAUAUUUACAUACGAGAAUGAAGAUUUUUCUAGAGAUUACAUAUUUUGUUUAAUUUGGAUUUGAUAUAGUGCAAAUGCCCUUUAUUGGAUUGUGUCUCAUGAUUGUGUGCGAGUGUGAAAGUCUUAAGUGCUGUAAAUGUGGGGGGUUAAAAGUCUAUAAUGGUGUUGCUUUAAUUGCAUUUUGCUUCUAAGUUUAAAGUAGCAAAGAAAAUGAUUAAUCAAAGCAAAUUAUUCAAGUGGUACGACUGGACCUGCCCUGUCUCUCUCUGUUUUUCUCUCUCAGUAGUCGUAUGGACCUAAACAUAAAAAAGUUUGUAAUUUUCCCUUUAGAAAUGUCAAAACAAUAUGGCGUAUACGUGCAUUAGCAUUAUUAUUUCCUGUUAAUUAUUCCCUGCAAUUUGCAGAGUGGAUGUGUUCGAGUGUCUGAUGAAAUCAUGAUUUUACGUGGGAAAAAAAACACGGGUAGUUUGUCGCUGAGCUGAUGAUUUUUGUCAUAUUCAGAUUUAAGUCCUGUACUUCUGUUUAUGCAGUUCAAUCACUGUGUAUGUUUACCCUCCCAAAAGCAAUUAAAUAAACCAGCUCUCUGUA